UAAAUACUACAGUAAAGUCUGCAAAAAUACUACUGUGAAUACUAUGCUAUUCCUACCAUAGUAUAAACUAUAAUAUUUGUUUCAUGUGGGUAGCAUCAACAGGACAGAUCAUGGAAUGUAUGAAGUGAUCCUAUAAUUUGAUAUUACCAAAUACACGAGAAUGGGUGUUAUUGGAAGAGUUAAUGAUAUUCCUAUUAUUUUCAUUCCAUGGGUAGAGCCGAGGAGUAGGAGGAAAAUAUUUAAUGUUAAAGGAAGUGAAUAUACAAUGUUAUUUGAGAAUACAUGAUGAAUUCUCAGGAUGAAGUAAUGAGCUCUCUCUCUCACACACACACACACACACACACACUAAUACACAGAUGGGGCUAUAUUGAGAGCAGGGUUGGGCGGGCUCAAUUCGGAAGUAAACUAACAGUUACAAAUCAAUAAUUGAAAAAAGGGCAUUUAUUUUCAAUGACUUCUCAAUGAACUGUAAAGUAGAGGCUAUUUAUUUAAAACCUUUUUUCAUUUCUGAAUUUCAAAUUCAAAUCACUGAAUUAAAUUCGAAUUGAGCACAACCCUGAUUGAGAGAGGAGGUGAGGACAGUAAGGAUGUGAUUGUGUGUGGUGGGGGGGCUCUCCAGACUCACUGGAGCCAGCGGGUAAUGGCCUCAUUCAGGCCGAUUGAGACAUCUUAAUUUCUGCAGUUGUGAAAACUGAAGGAGGGAGGGAAGAAGGGAGGGAAGGAUGUGUUCUUUGAUCCUGAGCUGAGUGAGUUGUAAAUGAGGAGGUAUGCCCUGCAUAAAUACUGACUCUAUAGCUGAGACUAAGAUCAUUACUCCAUUUAUCAGGACAAUCACCCACUGAGAGAGAACACACUCACACACACACACUCUUCACUGGACCCAGCUCUGAGAACUUUGUCUGCAUUUCUGGAACCUGAAGGAUAAGAUGCAUUAGAUUCUAUCCAUCCAAAAGAACACGUUUUUCCACCCUAACAACAGGAUUUUGGUUAAUUUUGUUGGAUAUUUCCAUCAUCCAACCAUGAGGGGACAUUUCUCCAUUGAGUGGCUGGCCCAGAGUAGUCGGACAUCGGGCAGCACGAGCCCCUCGCCUCCCUCCUCUUCCUGGACAUCCGUUGCGGCUGGACCCACCAGCACCUCUGGGACCCACCCUGAGAGCUUGCCUGGGUUCUACUGCCGACCGAGACCUAAGAAUCWAGAGAACCAGACAGAGAACCAGGUGAGGAGAGGACACGGGCUCAUCCUACACAGCAAUCCCAGCCUGGKAGGCUCUGAGACAGCUAAGAGUAGCCCUCUCCACCACAAGCACCAAGUAGUGGCUGAGACUGACUUCAUUAGUGGAACAGAGGGGGAAACGUCAGGGUACGAGAGUGAGGGCGGGCGCUCCCUCACCCCAACCACCCCCCUGGAUGGCUCAUCUUCUCCCCCUACGGGGAGGCGGCCACGUACAGCCUACACAGCGGAGCAGAUCAACAGUCUGGAGAGGGCCUUCAAGAGGAACGCUUACCUAGGAACUCGGGACAAGGUCGAGCUCUGCAAGAAACUCAACCUCUCAGACAAACAGAUCCGUAACUGGUUCCAGAACAGGCGUAUGAGGAUGAAGAGGAUGGUCCAGGACGCUCUUGCCCAAGCGUGCCAGGCUAAAGUAGCCUCUCACCUGCUGCACUACCCCGAGCUACAUGUCUACCACCCUGGCCCCUACCACGCAGAAGCAGAGGGGGGCGCUGCCACCCCAUACCUCCACCCACACUACAGCUCAUCCACAGCCAGUCCAYCCCUACCCAGCCUCCCCCUGGACUCUUUCUACCAGUACUCCAGCCUCCCAGGCCUGGUGAUGCCCACUACUGUGUCCUACCAGCCUUACACUCACCAGUAUUAAAACUUUUGGAUGAUAUCUCAAUAGUCUAAAGUUGUUUUAAGGCAACUACUUUAGACUAGCGAACAGACGCAUCCCAAUACAUUUUCACUUGCUUCCACUUCUCAUGUAAUGUAUUGACUACAGAAAAAUCUGGUUAWAUCAGUGGUGAAAUUGUGAAGUUCUCCACUCAGGGUAGAGAGRAAUAAUGAAUGUGUUUCUGCUCUCCUUUUGUCAUGCUGUAAUUUCUAUUUAAGUAUAAAAUUGUUAAUAGUUUUAUUGUAUCGGUUUUAAYGCAUGUGGCAGCUGUAUAAAAGUGUGGAUAAAAUGAACGUUUGUUUUCAAUUGCAUUAUAAAUCAGUUCAUCCACUUGAUUUAUAUAUUUGUAAGUAUUGUGUGAAAAUAAAAUAAAAAACAUAAUCCCAUUGCCUGAAAAUUGACCGUUUUUGUUGUAGAAUAAUUUCAAACACCUCAAUAGCUCCAACCAGUUUACAAUUGGCCACCUAGUGCCCAACAAAGAACCUGCUAUACUGUGUGGAUGAGUCAGUACYCAGCUAAUGCACACAAUCCAUAAAAGAGAGAAAGAUAGUCCACACAUGAAUUUGUUGUGAAAAUGUAAUAAUUUUUCAAAACAAACGAUACACCCAAAUCUAUUUCAUUGGGCUCCUGAGUGGCGCAGCAGUCUAAGGCACUGCAUCUCAGUGCAAAAAAAUCCCUACGGUCACUGGUUUGAA